GCAGAGAAACGCGGUAAAACGGUAUUCCGGUUUGUAGACGGAGGGCAGCAGCAUGGCAUCCGACAGCACCAUGGCUAACGUUAACGGACGGGAGACCGUCUCUUCUUUGAACGGGGAGCCGGUGGUGAAGCGGCCCCGGGAGAGCGCCUCUGUCGAGGCUCCUCUCCGCGUCCCGAAGGAGCCGACCAACAAAGUGACCGUGGUGCUCGGGGCGCAGUGGGGCGACGAGGGCAAAGGAAAAGUUGUGGACUUGCUCGCCAUGGAUGCGGAUAUCGUAUGCAGGUGCCAGGGAGGCAACAACGCGGGUCACACGGUGGUGGUGGACUCGGUGGAGUACGACUUCCACCUGCUGCCCAGUGGAGUGCUCAACAAGAAGGCCGUCUCCUUCAUUGGCAACGGAGUGGUGAUUCACCUGCCAGGUCUGUUUGAGGAGGCUGAAAAGAAUCUGCAGAAAGGCAAAGGAUUGCAGGGAUGGGAGGAGAGAUUAAAGAUUUCUGAUCGUGCCCACAUUGUGUUCAACUUCCAUCAGGCUGUUGACGGGAUCCAGGAGCAGCAGCGGCAGCAGCAAGAAGGGAAAAAUUUGGGAACCACAAAGAAGGGGAUCGGUCCUGCGUACUCGUCCAAAGCUGCUCGCAACGGCCUGCGAGUCUGUGACCUCGUCUCAGAUUUCAAGGUUUUUGAGGACAAGUUCCGUAUGUUGGCAGAACAUUUCCUGACGAUGUAUCCAAACCUUAACGUCGACAUUGACAGUGAACUCGAGCAGCUGAAGAGCUACGCAGAGAGACUGCGUCCUCUGGUGACUGAUGGGGUGUACUUCAUGCACAAAGCUCUUACUGGUCCCAGUAAGAAAAUCCUGGUGGAGGGAGCCAACGCUGCUCUGCUGGAUAUCGACUUUGGAACUUAUCCCUUCGUGACGUCCUCGAACUGCACCGUGGGAGGAGUGUGCACCGGUCUUGGCGUGCCUCCAUCACACGUCGGACGAGUGUACGGCGUCGUCAAAGCGUACACCACCCGGGUGGGCGUUGGUGCUUUCCCAACAGAGCAGGAUAAUGAGACUGGAGACUUGUUACAGUCCAGAGGGAGAGAGUUCGGCGUGACGACGGGCAGGAGGAGGCGUUGUGGUUGGCUGGAUCUGAUUUUGGUCAGAUACGCCCACAUGGUCAACGGCUUCUCUGCAAUCGCUCUGACAAAGCUGGACAUUUUGGACACGCUGCCAGAGAUUAAAGUGGGCGUGGCCUAUAAGGUCGAUGGCCAGCCUCUACCAAGUUUCCCCGCAAACAUGGACAUUUUGACGCGGGUGAAGGUGGACUACAAGACGCUGCCGGGCUGGUGCUGCAGCACCGAGGCGGCUCGCAGCUUCGAGGAGCUGCCGUCACAGGCACAGAGCUACAUUCGGUUCAUCGAGGACUUCCUGCAAGUGCCAGUGAAGUGGGUCGGAGUCGGCAAGUCCAGAGAGAGCAUGAUCAAACUGUUUUGAUUCGAUCUGCAGACCUCUUCCUCGACAGAUGAUAAUUUCAGGUUUUUGAUAGGAUUACCAGAGGAGUUAAAAAUGCAAACUCUCCUAAAGGAAAUACUUCACCAGCAAGGCUAUUUGUGAAACUUUUAGUUGCUGCUUGUGCAUUACAUUUACAAUAAUUCUUCUUAGAUAUAAUUUAUGCAUUCCACAUAAUUUUUCUAUAUUUAUUAGGUUGUUAAUUUUUAAAACAUGGUGCAAACGGAUCAGUUAUUUUUUAUCCCAUUCCACACUAAAGCAGUUUUUUCUGUUUUCAAGCUAAUUAACCUUAACUGAUAUGUUCUCCAUCUUAUUUUAACAAGCAUUUGAAGAGCCAUCGAUGAACAGACCAGAAACCUUCUCACUAAAAGGCACAACAAUAAAGUAAGAGAUUAUUUUCAGGCUUUGUAAUGAGAUAGAAAAAUGACUGAAGCCAAACUUUUCUAUUGAACAGUUUUAAAACACUUUAAAAAACAUCUCAGUUAAGUUUGUAACGGUAUUUUCUUGAUGGUUGUUGGAAUAAACGUUUUUAAAUCAUCUUAAAAUCAACAUUUCUUGAGUUUGAAUAGGUAUUUUCUUCAUAAUAAUAAAAACUUAGUAAUAUUUGGGGAGGAAAAGUUCGUAGAAAUUCCUCGUGCACACGCUGAAAUCGGCUGGUCUUUGAGAAGUUUGUUUAAAUGUAAAGAGAAUGGCCAGUGAGCACUAAUGUACCAGAGUAUAUCUCAAUAUGUUUCCUACGCGGUUUCAUUCAUUGUCAGUGAUGUAAAAGACUCAGCUUGCUGUUAUCAAUAAACUGAAAGUAACAUUUA